AUGAACAAGAGGAAAGCCUCAGCCGACAGGAACUCGAAACAGAGGGGAUCCUCUCGACGUCCAAGCGCGUCCAGCUUGUAUUCGAGGCCCAACACAGCUCAUCAGAAGCUGAAACCCGAAAAAUCACCGUCCACGCAGAAUCUAGUAACCCCGGAACCACAGAACUUGUCCAAGACGAUUCAAGUUAGCAAAGCUGUCGAGACAUGUGUUCCGAAGACCAGAUUCAGCUCUCAGGAUAGAUGCAGAGAGCUGAGAUCGUAUUCAUCGCCGAGGCUGAAAUAUUUCCCUGCCGAGAGAAUCAAGAAGUUUGAGAGUCCUCCUGGCACCCCUAUCGGUGCACUAAUUGCACAACAAAAUCCCCAUGAAUCUGGUAGCUAUUAUGCUGCUGGUCAUCCGGAAUACAACAAUGGACAGGGUGAUGCAACGACAGCAAGUCAGUCUUUGCAUCAGCAUCGACCACCUCAGCAUGUGCAGAGCGUUGGUCAGCAACAGGUAGCUGGUAAUCAAGUUGCUCAGAUGAAUCCUCACUCGGAUCCCACUUUACCGCAACAGAUCCUCGGUCAAUCUCAUCGCCCCUUCGUUCCACAUGGGCCCCGGGAUCAUUCUCCCCCGAAAACAAUCGCAAAUGUUCACAAUUCUCAUUCAGCUUAUCACAAUCCAUCUUGCGUGAUGACGACACCGCAGCCUGUCGCUCCCAUGAUGGAUCAAGAGAGAAGCACAUCAGAAGAGCCCGCCUUGACCCAUCCGUCCGAUUACGAGAAACAACCGAUCGGUGGUCGAAACGCGGCUAACUACAGGCAGACGAUAAACAGACAACAGAUGCAACUGCAGUCACAAAUGUCUAUGGAUCCCAAUUUGUCCAAUUUGACGCCCAGUGAUCAUCAGCAGCUGCAAAAUCAUUACUCCAGACAUGGUCACUUUUCUCAGAAUCCUCAGCAAGUCUAUCAGCAGAUGCAACAGAAUAUGCAACAGCAGAUGCAGAUGCAACAGCGAGCCAUGAACUAUCAGAUGCAAAUGAUGGGUGGGAAAGGUCAAGGUGCUCCUUAUGCGGGUAUGACGACUCCUCAGGAUGCAACUGUUAACCAGAUGAAGAACCUACGUACUGGACAAGCAUACGGUAACCAAGGGCAUCAGAGGGAUCUUGAUUACUCCGUGAAUCAUCAAAAUGGAUGGACAAAAGGCAAUCAAGCAGCUGAGUUCUCGAGCGUCAAGGCUCAAUUGAACCCUUACACCGUAGAAGUGAUGAAUAACAAUCAACCACAUCAUGGGACACAUCCCUAUCAUCAUGCAGUGCAUCAGCAUCGACCACUGUACAAAAAUCCUGGACAAGGUACUCCAAUGAUGUACCAUCAGCCAGGUUUCGAUCAACAAAUCCCUGCAAAUCAACAAAUGCCUCAACAACCACCUACAGAGAACAAUCAAGUCCCUAAAAAUGACAACAAGAAGCCUCCGCCGUUCACUCAUAGUAUGCUACGGGAUCAAGAGAAGCUGUUGAACACCAUGAAGCAACAAGGAGUACCACUGGACAUCAUGAGGAGGCAGUUCGACAUAUUGCUGAACGAGCAAAGGAAACACCUGGAGUACCUGGAGUGUCUUUGGCGACAAGACGAAGAAGAAGUGAGGAGAUUACCGGUUAUUAAUCGAAAAAAAAGGAACAUCGAUGAGAAACCUGAAUGGAUGACUCAUUUGACCCCCACGAGGAUGUCCUAUUUGGAGAUGGAGAGGUUGAGGGAGCAGCAGAAGAAGGAACAAGAAGCUCGGUUGCAACAACAAAACGCAAACGAGAUGGUUAAUCAACAGCCUCCACUUCAGCUUCAGAACCAACAGGUUCCUCCUCAGCUUCAGAACCAGCAGAUUCCUCAGCUUCAGAACCAGCAGAUUCCUCAGCUUCAGAACCAACAGGCUCCUCCACAGCUUCAGAACCAGCAGAUUCCUCAGCUUCAGAACCAACAGGCUGCUCCUCAGCUUCAGAAUCAACAGCCUUAUCAAUUAUGGCAACCUAACUGGCAGCAGUCAAGGAUUUCUCAACCCUAUAACCACAUGUACCCUCAACUCUACAUGAAUCAAGGUCCAAUGAACUAUCGACACCAGCAGAGUAUGCCAGAUUACCGGUACGCUCAUCAGCAAUACAAUCAUCAACAUCAACAACAGCACUACCAGUACGUUCCACAGCAGAAUCAAGAAGAAAUUCAGCAAACCAAUGGGUACUCAGGAUACCAAGAUGUCAGGCAACCAACAGAACCAUCGAGUUUGAUGAAGAUCCGUCACUACAAGAACCAUGUUCGUUCUCAGAAGCGCAACAACGGACUGCAGGAUCCUGAAGUGGCUCGUAGACAACUGGAGGAACUGAGGGCCAGCAGUGAGUUGAGGAAGGGACUCGAGUACCUGGCCAAUUUCGCCCCUAAGAAAGCUGCAUUCCGACUAAACGGUAUCCAGGAUCGUAGUGAGACGGAUACCGAGAUCCAGAAUCGUCUUCCGGUACUCAACGCUGAACCAGCCGUCAAAAGAGUAUCAGCGAAUGGUUUAGAGAACAGUAGGAUCGCGAACAACCCUCCUCCCCAACGACUGUCGCCCCUGAAUAAGCUGGAACAGGAAUUCGCGAAGGAAUAUCCUAGGCAGAGAGAGCCAACACCUAGAAACUGUUACAGUGUCCCAGCUGAAAGGGAAAAUGGUACCAUGGCCAGUGAACAGCAGCCGCAAUACCUGCCACAGCAACUUCCUGUAGAAAAUUCAGCAAAUUUGAUUUCUUACAACGACAAGAACCCUACGAUGCCUCGAGGGAACGUGAUGACGCCCUAUAAAUUUGAUGUCAAUUACCCUCAGCAUUAUCAACAAAUGCAACAGUACUAUCAGAACACCAAGAACCUGACCGGGAACAAUGGCGAAGGUGACGUGGGGGUGUCUCAGAAGAUGGAAAUGAACAAAAAGAAUUUCGAACGAGCUGGCGGGGAUGCUUACGAGAAUAUGAACGGGCAAAUGAUGCAGGAGGGGAAGAUUCCUAUGCAAGGGAUGCAGCAAUACGGUCAACCUGAUAUGCACGAAGCAAGGACUAUAGGGGGUGUUAGGUACCUGGCAAGGAAACAGGAUUAUCUGCCCAACCAACAAAUCGUGUCACCGGAAACUCUGAUUGCGAGCAGACACCUGCAACCCCCUAUUAUUUAUUGA